AUGGCGACCGCCGUGGCGUCGCAGCCGCGCCACCUCCCCAUCGGCGCCGGCGGAGAGCCCAGGUGCACGGCCAGCACAUCGAAGGUUCAUACUCUGGAGAAAGUAUAUGGUUUCAGAUUCGUAUGUAGAAGCAUUGUUGAUGUAAAGAGCUACAAAUUCCAUUCCCGCAUUUCAAAGAGGAAGUGCUACUUGAGGAACUCACCGUCGGAGUGUGAUAGGACCAUCCACAGUGCUAGAUGGUUGGAGUUUCGGAGACACAAGGGACUCUUCCAGAGAACUAGAAGGAUGGUUCACAUUAUUCCGUUGGCUUCUGACGAUGAUGGCAACCAUGUAUCUGUUAAUGGAGCUCCGCAAGUUGGUUCAACAAGCAACAUUGAUGAAAUAAGGUUGAAAUUGAAUAAAGCAUUGCAGAGUGAAGAUAUCAGCAAUGGACUCGUCCAGUCAGUACAUGAUGCUGCAAGAUCUAUUGAGUUGGCUUUCAUAGAGCACAGCAAAUCGUCAAAGAGCUCGUGGUUUCCAAAGACAUGGCUGGGUGUUGAGAACAAUGCUUGGAUAAAAUCACUGUCUUACCAGGCUGCUGUAGACUCAUUGUUGCAAGCAGUUAUUGAUGUUUCAUCUCGUGGGAAUGGCAGAGAUAGAGAUAUUAAUGUGUUUGUUCAACGGAGUUUGUCCCGCCUGCUCACCCCCCUCGAGAGUGUUAUCAAGAAUGAAUUGUCUAAGAGGGAACCUACAUUGUAUGAAUGGUAUUCGUCCGAUCAAAAUCCUUUGGUGGUGAGACAAUUUGUAAACAUUUUUGAAAAUGAUCCAAUGUUUAACUCUGCUACAGCAAUAGAAAUUUUGUAUAAUUUUGGUCCUCGUGCUGCUGUUCCUAAACUUGGUAAUGAUCAUGGACUUGAGAUAUCAUUUUGGAUUGAACUGGUUCAGAAACAAUUACUCCGGGCACUUGAUCGUGAAAAGAUAUGGUCAAGACUGACAACAAGUGAAAGUAUUGAGGUUCUGGAAAAGGAUCUUGCAAUAUUUGGUUUUUUCAUUGCUUUGGGCAGAAGCACACAAGGAUAUUUGUCUUCCAAGGGUCUGACUGAUUUGGAUGAUUCACUGAAUGGUAUUUUAAGGUAUCUUAUUGGUGGGAGUGUACUAUAUUAUCCACAGCUGUCCUCGAUUAGUUCAUAUCAACUGUAUGUGGAGGUAGUCUGUGAAGAGCUCGAGUGGCUUCCUUUUUACAAUGAUGAUGUUCCAAGUGCAAAAACUGAUACUGAAGGUAGAGAAGAAGUGUCUAAAGGAGAAGUCAUAUCAAGAGUCCUAAAUGUGUGCUCUUACUGGAUGACUAGUUUUAUAAAGUACAGCUCAUGGCUUGAGAACCCUUCAAAUGUGAAGGCAGCAAAAUUCCUUUCUAAGGGACAUGCUAUGCUGAGUGACUGCAUGAAGGAGCUUGACAUAUCAAGAAAUAAUAUGUCAAAAGGCUGUGGCUUCCAAGAACCUGAAGAAGAAUUGGAUACUAGAACAGAGUUAGCUUCCUUUGACAAGUCACUUGAAAGUGUUGAAGAAGCUUUGGUUAAGUUAGAAAAUUUGCUCCAAGAAUUACAUGUUUCCAGUUCAAACUCUGGUAAGGAGGAUCUACAGGCUGCAUGCUCUGAUCUUGAAAUGAUAAGAAGACUGAAGAAAGAAGCUGAGUUUCUUGAGGCAUCCUUUCGAGCAAAAGCAGAAUAUCUGGAGGCCGAUGCACCUGCAGAGGAAGGACGUGUAAAUACUGGUAGCAGGACGAACGAUACAUCAGCACCACAAAAAUCAGGAAGCAGGGUGGAUAAUAAACGCCGUCCAUUUUGGGACUUCUUUGGUCGGUCUUUGGGAAAGAAAGUUGAUCCAGCUCUUGCAGAUCAGGAUGGCACUUUCGCCAAUGUGGAGAAGAAAGAUGCGGAGUCAAAUGACAUCCUCCGCUUUGAACAGUUAAGGCGUGAGCUGAUUGAGUUAGAAAAGCGAGUGCAGAAGAGUGCAGAUGAAGCUCAAAAGGAGGAGGAGAUGGUUGUCGCAGACGAAACAACUGCACCAUCGCCUGGUUCAUCAGUUCCUUCCGGUCAGGCUACCAAGAAAGAAAAUGUCAUAACUAAAUCAGUGGAGAAGGUCAAGGAGACUACAACGACUGUGUUGCAGGGGACACAACUCUUAGCAAUUGAUACAGGAGCUGCUAUGGGUUUGCUAAAAAGAGCUCUUAUUGGGGAUGAACUAACUCAGAAGGAAAAGCAGGCUCUUCAAAGAACCCUGACGGAUUUGGCAUCUGUUGUUCCUAUAGGAAUACUCAUGCUUUUGCCACUCACCGCUGUUGGUCAUGCUGCUAUUUUGGCUUUCAUCCAGAGAUAUGUGCCAUCGAUGAUCCCGUCCACAUAUGCUCCCGAUAGGUUGGAUCUCCUUAGGCAGCUUGAGAAGGUGAAGGAAAUGGAAGUUGCUGAAGGCAGCAGUGAAGAUAUAUUGGAGGCCGUUGGUUCAAGAACUGAACAAGUUGCUGCGCAGCAGACCUCCCCUGUUGGCCUCCACAGCAACGGCGAUGGUGGCGACUCUGAAGAUUGGGAGGAGAAGUUCUUCCCGACGUCACCAAAAUCGAGUAUGAGAGUUAAAAUGUUCUGCGGAUGUGUGGAUGAACUUGAGAGCCAACUCUCUAAACACGGAAGCCUUACAAAACUCUACUUUUAUCAGCGGCAUCUUACCACAGUUAAUAAAAUUUGUAGACAUACUAUCUCUUAUGUGGAGUCCCUUAUUGAGUCUAUCAUGGGUGGAUUAGAAGGUUUGAUAAAUAUUCUAGAUUCAAAAGAUGUGCAGCUGCUGCAUACAGUAUUUAUGGUAGAUUGCUACGAAAUUGAGAUACCAGAACGACGAGUUGCCUUUACUGUGCCACACACAAGCGGACGCAGCAAGUGCAAUGGUGGCGCAGGACAGCCGAGUGGACAGUGUGGCCGUGUGGCAUGCUACCACCAAGCGCAUAUUGCAUCAGGCAUGCAAGCGUGCAGACUGCCCUCACUCACCGCACGAUCUGACAGCCCAGUGCUCAGUGACAGUACCAAGCAGCAAAUAGUAGGAGUUCCAAUUCAUGGCUGA